GCUAAAUGGAGCACGAACAAGGUCUCCGAAGGACACACCUUCGACCGCUUCCACCAACUCUGUCUCAGAGUCGCAAGACGACACUGCGAGUAAUACAGGCCCAGCAUCUAUGGUGCAUAUGCUAGGUUACAUGUACGCGAAGAAUGAUGCGCUCUUUGGCAGUAUCAUGCUAGUUAUCCAAGCCUCUCGUGCUGUCUCACCACGGCCUUAUACGGACAUGCUUUUAAAAAACUUCUUCGAUAAUGUCAACCACCACUAUGGGAUUUUACACCAGCCAUCUUUCAUGGCCGUCUACGUCGACUGGUGGUCUGAACGCCGCGAUGCUCAAAGCUUACGCCGCCCGUCAGCCGUGGCACUCACUUGCCUGAUACUUCGCAUCUGUGCAAACUCUACGCAGUUUCUGUCGCCACAUGCUUCGUCGCAGCUUGAAAUAGAUCUAGGUGACUCCACCCAAAAUUUGAGCAAGACAUACCAUGAUGCUGCGCAAAUUAUCAGUAGCUUUUUAUCUCCAGGAACCGGCGGCCUUCUCAUUGCGCAGCAACUUUUUCUAGCUGCCACAUGGCAUAAGGGACAGGCCGAUUUUGUUAAGUCAUGGCAUGAGCUUGGUGCUGCCGUGAGGCAAUCCCAAGAAAUCGGAAUCCACAGGGACGUUUUUUCUGAUGAGAUGAAUGAAUUCGACCUGGAAAUCAGACGAAGGCUAUGGUGCGCCUUAUACACUUGGGAUAGCUUUAAUCGUCCUCCGAUAAUCCAAUCAGAAGCUCCUGUUCCGCUCCCCAAUCCUGGUUUAGACCAGUCUGGAGCUGAUCCAAACGCUCCAUCCUACAUUGUCGCUAAGAUAUUGGAGUGUCAGCUUGCCAGGCAGUUGGGAGAAGGGGACCGUGUUGACAGAUCGAACCUACAAAGCAAGAUCGCCUGUGUGGAAAAAUGGAUGUUGUCUUUACCACCAGUAUUCAGUAUUGUCAACCCAGACAAGUGUUGGGACGGCAGCUAUAUGACGCAAGUGAUACUUGUACGGUCCAUUCUGACCUCAUGUCAAAUAUUCUCGACGACAAAUCAUCUUGAAACUGGACUUGAUUCGGAAACCACGAUGUUAAUACAUCAGGUCGUCAACCUUAGUCUGAAGGCUAUGUCUAUUAGUAAAGACACUUUUGACUUUUGCUUUCCACAACAAGCAAAAUACUACAUGGUCGCCUUUUGCCCUUUCGACAAUGCAGCGCUAUUAAGUUCUUUGCUGAUACACGAUGUUAAUGGCACAGUGAUCCCUCGACGAUCGGAAGUUAUUUACGCCAUUGGACAAGCGUUACAUAUUUCUCACCGGCUGCGCGGUUGCACGAAGAUGGGCGACAUCACAUGGAGCAUUCUCUCAACACUCAAGAGGCGUAUUAAUUUAUAUCCGACGGAAAAGAUCGUACUCGAGGAGCUAAAGAGCAUUGGCAAAGCCAAUAUCACCACACAGGCUCUGAACAGCAUUCUUGAACCAGCAAACGAUGACUUGUUUCAUUCGAUCAAUGAGUCAAGUAGCCAUUUGCACUCUGAGUCGCACGAGGGAUUGCGAUCUGUAGAAAACAUCUUGGCGGCAGAUGAUUCCGAGUUUUUGGAAAUGGACUUGGGCAUUCUGGACGGAGUUUGGAACUGGGACAGAGUGGGGCUUUAUUGAUGCUAUGCGUGCAUUUUGAUUUAUCCCAUUGCGGAUUUGAGGCAGAGAAAGAGCUCUAUAGAGAUCUCAUGGGCGAGCG